GUUUACAACUUUUGAGAUUUGGCGCUGAGGAGGCCGCAGCCACAGCCGAUUUUGAGGGACUGGAAUGGGAAUUUAUGGAAUAAGUAACUGGCCAAUGCAGCAGAGACACAGAGGAACCCUCCCUACACUCUAAAAGAAAACCAGAGGACAAUGAAUGAAAAUAACCAAGAUGACCCCAACUUGCACGAGAAGAGGGUUUUGGAGUGUCCCCCUCUUGCCGCCUCCGCUGCAAGGUCUCGGGAUUGCGUUGGGGAGGACAUGGCACAGAACCUGGCACCAAGUGAUGAUGGCAACGCGGGACAGAGACGGGUGCUGCUUUCGUCCACCCUUUCGGAGCUGGCAUCACGAUUCGACGCUGGCAAUCUGAUCAAAGUGGACUCGAUGCUGAACCAACCCUGCCAAUACCUCGAAGGGGUGUCGGUGUUCAGUGUCAAUGAUGGAGCCACGACAUCGAAGGAGGGAGUCCCUGAAGAAGUGGGUACUCAGUGCACAGAGGAUAUUCCAGAGAUGAGGACUUCUGCCAUGGGUGAGGCUUCCACUAGUGUGGGAGAGAAGCAGGAAGACAACGAGAAUCCCUCGGAAGGAAACACAGCAGAGAGUAAUGGCGAUGAACCAGGGAGGAAAAUUGACCUGCUGGAUGCUGCCCCUUUCCUCAUGAGUGAAGAUGGGGUUGUUUUCCAGUGCUUUCCUGUCUUUGAGAAGGAGGUGUUCAUUGUGAGCCUGGAGGAGGAGGCCUUGCUCAUGAACGAUGCACUCCCUGAGAACAUCCCUGUCACCCCUGAGAUCAUACUUGAGGAGAAUAAUGAGCUUCAGUUACCUGACACUUGUGAUGAUGGCUUCCCAAAGCAAAUCAGUUUAGAUGCAGUAGGAAAACAAGAUCACGACGGGGAGCUACAUGUUGCAGAAGAGAAAAGCAAUUUGCCAGAGCCCAAACUGAACCCACAGACAGAGGAAAAAGAAGGUGGCAGACAUGAACUGACAUCAUGUCACGAGCCAGACCCACCAAUCAUCAUGGAACUUGAAAGGGCAAAAUCAUCACCUCCUUUACCUGACCUACCCAAGACUCCAGAAGAAGGUGAGGAUGAUUCAUUGUCAGAAAAAUCAAAGAAGAGGAAAAUAUGCACAAUAGCCUCGCAAAAUAAACCAGUCACGCGCAAGGCCAAAGCAACUCCAGUAGAAUCAGAGGAGCCCCUUUUAUCAGAAUGGUUCAGGUGCCACGUCUGUUCCGUUGUUCUUCCAUCUGCAGCAACCCUAAGGCAUCAUCUUGUGAAACAGCACUCAGAGAAGACCAUAGAGUCAUACCAGUGUUUCCUUUGUGAGCAAGAAUGCUGGAGUGAGACUCAGCAGGAGUGGCACCUGCGAGUCCAGCAUGGGGUGAAGAAUAAGGCCCUGGCAUGCCCAGUUUGUGGCUACCAGCUAUUCACGGCAUCUGAGUGCAGGGCUCAUGUCCGCAAGCAUCCCUCUACCCUCCUUUGCCCCAGCUGUCCUCUCAAGUUUGCUGCUCAACAUCAGCUGGUUGCCCAUGCGAAGGAGCACUUGGCCAAGAUUCGUCCCCAUCUGUGCCUCAUCUGUGGCGCCAGAUUCACCUCUGGCAGCACUCUACAGUUGCAUUCCUGGCGACAUGCCUUGCAGCGGUGCUCCCAGGAUGGAUGCGAGUACCUGGCAGAGGACGAGAGCUGGCUGAUGCUGCAUCUCCAGAGACAACACGACCUCAGCACCAGCGAAGUCCGCGAGAUCCUGGUUGCCCGGGAUUCAUCCGAUCGCAAGAUGGAUCUACUUUUAGAAAGAUAUUUGCAGAUGAGGGCUCAGAACGCAUCAGUUUGUUCUCCAGCAUCCAAAGAGUGUGAGAAGCUUGUGAACAAAGAUGUGCCACCAAGUAGAGACCCUGAUAGCCAGCUUCCCUUGUGUUUGAUGACAGGCUUUACUUACAAGGAACAUACCAUCAACUGUGACAAAGAUUUCAACGCUGCACAGGAUGUAGUGGGUAGCUUAGUAGAGGCAGUAGCUAGCGUUGCAGAAGAUGAAGGAAAAAAGACGAAGAACAAAGAAGAUGCUCUGCAGAAGGUGAUCGAGAAGGGACCCUCCUUGCAUCGCUGCGGCCUGUGCAAUAUGUACCUCUCAUCUGUGGAGGAACUCACUGCGCAUAAAGAGGGGCACAGUCAGGUAAUAGAGUGCGACAAGUGUCAGAAGAAAUUCCAGAGCGUAAAGCAGCUGAAGAGGCACUUGAGUAUCCACAAGACGCAGGACCAAACUUCGUCAUCAGGAGGACCCGUCAUCAAGGCACCCCUACAGUACUCUUGCUUGGAAUGCGGGAAGACCUGCCGCUCAGAGUCAGCACUGAGUCGCCACCAGGGCACCCAUUCCCGCAAUCAGGGCCAGCAGCAGUGCACCAUCUGCAAGAGGAGGGUUCGGACGAGAGCGCACCUCACAGAGCACAUGGCUCGCGUUCAUAAGGUGAACCACGAGUCAAAGAAAUUGCAGUGUCCAAUUUGCGACAGGAAGUUUACAACAAAAGUCCACCUUGAUUCACAUCUCGUAACUCAUGGUGAAAUGGAGCCCCUUUGGUCCUGCGACAAGUGCGGCCGUAACUACAUCCGGCACCGAAGCCUCCUGCGGCACAUGGCAAGUCACGACCAGAAGUACGUGUGUCAGACAUGUGACGAGACCUUCCUGUCGGCCCAGCGUCUGGCAGUACACAUGCGGAGUCACGACCCCAAUCAUAAGACUCGACAUUCCUGCCCAAGGUGCCCUCAGAAGUAUGCCUAUGAAAGCCAGCUGCAAGUGCACAUGAGGAUCCACACAGGAGAAAAGCCAUACGUGUGCGAAAUAUGCGGCAAGUGUUUUAAGCGCUUACAGCAAUGCAAAGCCCACCACCGCAUGAUCCACAGCAACACCAAAGAGACGUGCGUGGAGUGCGGCAAGAUGUUCGGAGACAGGGCCAACCUCCUCCGUCAUCGCCUUAUGGUCCACUAUCACCUGAAACGCUGGGUAUGUGGUGCAUGUGGGCAGAGCUACGCCUACUCCCAGGAUCUUCGCACUCACCUCCAGAAGACUCACAGCCUUCCUUUCGAACGUCUUGAUAGCUCCAACAGGAAGUCAUUGCAUGAGGUAUAUGUUAUCCCAGAGCUAGGAAGCCACAAGUUGAGUCCUACAGCUCAGGCCACAGUGGAAGCAGUGCGCAUACAAGAACACCAGAAAGUGCGUCAGGUGCUGAGUGGCACAUGUCCAAAUUCAUUGCGAAAGUCACACAAGACAACUGUCGAAAAUGUGGAAAACCCAGAUGAUCCCGAUAACCCAAAGGCUAUGUUGGAGACUCCUGUGACUAUCAGACCUGUUGUCGUAUCUUCGGCAAACUUGGGAAUGCCUGUUUUGGAUAACAGUGGGCAAGUUCAGUCAAUGGAGAGGACAGUUCAGAAUGUAACUACAGUUGUUGAUGAUACCCAAGGGAUGUUGCAGGUCAGGGUUCUCAAUGUUAAGUGUGUUGAAUGUGGUGGAGAGGGAGCCACUCCUCUGCAGUGUGGAGUAUGUGGUGCAACCGCCUGUUCCCAGCUGCACAUGGAUCUCCACGUUGCUUCCGCCCACCGUGUUGUGUUCCAGUGUUCCGUCUGUGGUUUACACUACAGCAGUCAGGGAGAUUGUGUUGCUCACGUCACAACUGCCCAUUCCUCGCAUCUUUUGGCAGUUCAAGGGGGGACUGCACCCUACCUACCUCCACAGCCUGUACAGCCUCUCCAGGUGGCCAGUGCUGCCCCUCCACCACAGCUGUGCAUGCCUGUGGCUCCUACACAGUCAGGUCCCCCUUGUCUUGUACAAGUCGGGGGAGGAGCAGCACAGAUGCCCAUCGUCAUUGCACAAGCUCCCACUGGCAUGGCUCCUCCGCAAGUGGGUCCCACAAAUGUUAUUCUCCAGUAUCCCAAUGCAAACAGCAACGUUCCUCCAAAUGUCCCUGUGGUGCUUCAGAUGUCUGCUCCUGUGGGACCUACAGGCAGCCAGGGCAAGCAGCCAAUACAGACACUCUCCAGCAUGCCCAGCCAUCCACAGAGUGCACCAAAACAGAGGCAGAGGAAAUUAGAACCAGAUUUGAAGGAAGAGAAACCCUUGUGUACCAUCAGCUUGCCAACUAGCAAUACUAGUGGACUGCUUCUACCAACAGAAAGCAGCUCUAUUGUCAACCUUUCUAGUGGACAGCCCACACCUUCUCACCCCACCAUCCUUCCUCAGCCAAACAGCAGUGGGGAGAAUUCAACUUUCCUGAUGGAUAAUUCUAAUAUUGUGCCACAAGAGGACAAUAAUGCUCCAUUAUUAGUGGUUGGUUCGGUUCCCUUCUCAGGUGUUUCAUCUGGAUCUUGUACUGAUAUCUCACAGCCUAAGCAUGGCAGCUUCAGCAACCCUUCCAGCACCUCAGUGGCCAGUGUGCUCUUGACCCUGGCUGAAGCUCCGCAACACGAUCCCAAUUCCUCAGGCUUGAUAAUGGAAGGGAGUGCCUCGGCAGACAGCCAGUCACACUCUCCUUCAAUAACUGUGGAAGAGGAUCAUGUGAUGCAUCCGGAUGCAGGAGAUUCCAACGCAAGCCAUGGCACUCCACUUGUGCCGCCUUUUAUGAGGCCUCCUGUGCCACCCCUGGAAGGAGUGACCCAGGAGGAGGGGUCACCAACUCAUGCCACCGAGCCCACCAGCGGAAGCAAGCCAGACCCUCCCCAGGAAGUCACUGUCGAGAUCAUCCAGUCUUCCCCCAGGAAAAUCAGGUCGCAGAAAUCCAUCGUCAGGAAAAGAAAUGGGCACGCAAAAAAAGAUUCUUCAGAAGCAUCAAAUGCGUUCGGCCUGGAUGAAUCCCACAGCUGCGAAACGUGCCACAAGACCUUCACUUCGGCUGCGCGUUUUGAGCGGCACCGGGCCAAGCACAACCAGAGCUUCCAGUGCCAAGUGUGCAGCAAGGCCUUCACAGAGAAGUACAACUUGAAGACCCACAUGCUGACUCACACACAGGAUCGGCCGCACUUGUGUAACCUGUGCCCAAAGUCCUUCAGAUAUAUGCGUGACCUGACUGAGCACAAGCACACCCACGAAGGCAUAAGGCCACACGUAUGCAAGACCUGCGGCAAGGGCUUUGUCAGGCAGAGAGAGCUGGCGAGGCACGUAAGGGAACAACAUGGAACUCAGCGCCACCUGUGCAAGGUGUGUGGAGCAGCUUUCAAGCGCCGGAUGUACCUGGAAACUGUGCACAUGCGCAGUCAUCACCCCCAAGCUGCGCAGAUCACAGAGGAGGAGAAACGCGAGAGCCACACGUCAGGAACCACAGAGAAGAAGCAGAGCCACAUAUGCAGGAUAUGUGGGAGGAGUUUCGCUCAGGCUCGCUACCUCACGUCUCACCUGCGCACCCACUCCAAGAGGGCCGAGUACGUCAGGUGUCCCAGAUGCCCGAGGAUGUUCACGUCGGAACUCACACUGAAGGUACACAAGGAAGCCUUCCACGACAGAGAAACCACAACCUCGCAUGACCCAGCUACCACAGACGCCCCGGAAAGCAAAUUUGAGAAACCCACAGCAGUGAGCACCUUGUUACAACAGGCGGCACACAGCCAUGAGAGAGAGACAGAGCUCGCCCAGCUGGAUUCCCAACAUGUUGCCAACACGAAUCAAGUCUUCCAUGCAGCUCCCCUCCCACACCAUCCACACAUCCUGCAUGCUAGCCCAUUGGAGGCCAACGGUGAACAGGCAGCUUACUGUAAUGCCGCGAUGCAGACGAGGGAUGGUCUAGAGAACGAGGAGACGAGGCCAGACAGCAUGGUUCAGUUUAGUGUGCAUAUUGACGACUGUGAUCCGAUCAGUUAUCUCGCUCCUUCGUUCUCUGGGGAGUAAACUUUAGUGCUGGAUUUUUGCAUUCUCGUUGUUGUUAUCUUUUUGUUUGUUUCUUUAUGUUACUUUUUUCUUCUUUUCUUUUUUUGUACAAAGUAUUAGUACUACAAUUGUUGAUUGAUGAUAAUGAAUAUGUAUGGAAAAUAAAUUAUUGUUUCUUAUCCCUUACUUUUAUAUGUUUCCUUUUAAUGUACUAAUUGAAAAUUCACUUUCUGCUCUGCUAGAAGACAUUAGAAUGAAGUCUUCAUACCUGUCAAUAAUCUUGGAAGUUGCCUGAAACUCUCUUAUGAAAUAAUUACACCC